AUGAUCUGCGACGACAGGAACAAGUGCGCUAGGCUUGAUUGCGACACCCGCGCGACGUUCGGUGAUCCCGUAACGGGACGGAGGACCUUCUGCGGCAAGCACGCUCCCCAGGGCACCGUGAACAUCGAGCGCAGGAAGUGCGCCGUGGAGGACUGCCUCACCCUGCCGGCCUACUGGCACCCGGGCAACCGUAAGCGGAGGUGCUGCGCGAAGCACGCGGAGGACGGCAUGGUGAAGCUCGACAAAAAGCUGUGCCCGUUCGAGGGCUGCUUCACCUCCGCCUCCUACGGCGUCGUUGGCCAGAAGAGAAAGUACUGCGCCGCCCACGCGGAGCGAGGCAUGGUGUCCAUCGGCGGCCGGAGGUGCGCCAAGGAGGGCUGCAGCAAGCGGGCCAACUACGGCGUCGCGGGCACCAACAAGCGGGAGUUCUGCGCGGGCCACGCAGCGAAGGGGAUGGUGAACAUCAACAAUCAGAGCAGCGGGCGGAGGAAAAUGGCGCCCACCUCGGGGGUGGGAGGAGAGGGGGGGGUUGGUAUCGGCCGUGCAGGCAGGCAUCAGCAGCAGCCGCAGCACCCCGAAGGCGUCGACCUCGCCGGUCGACCGAAUUCCGUGGGGUCCUCGGUUUCCUCCGGGAUGGGAGAGUGGGGGGAUUCGCGCCACGAUGCCGCCGGUGAUUGGCCAGUAGACCAACACCACCCCGGCAGCAUAGGCGUAGCAGGCGAUGGCCCUCGUCUUCGCCACACGGCCAACCGCGACAGCACCCGGAAUUUCCCCGCGGGUUAUCCGUUUCACGGGGAGAAGGAGAUGCGGGUCGGCGGGGGACCCGCCCACAUGAUGGGCGGCGAAGAAGAAGCUGCGCACCAGCUACUACCGCGCCAGUACCAGCAGCAGCGGCAGCAGCAUCACCUACAGCAGCAGCUCGAUCGGCAUCGACUGAAUCAACGGCGGCAGCAUCAGCAGCAGCGGUGGCGGGGAACGCACGAAUGGGGGACACUUCCCCCUGCUCCUCCCGAGCUGUACAGGCUCCCCCAGCUCGGCAAGGCCGUUCCCCACGACGUCGGUGUGCCAGAACCAGCCACCCCGUCCCCCCGGCCGCCGUCGCCGCCGCCGCCGCCGCCCAGGAAUACCUCGGUUUCAGACGAUACCCCUUCGUUGGAACAACAGCACACAGACGCCGACUCGUCUUCCCGACUAGAACCACCUAUAGCCAAGAGCGAACCGGUGGAAGCACCAAGCCCCGAGAGGCCUGCCGGGCAACGAGGGGAUGAGGUCGACGACAAGGGCGCCGGGGCCGGGGUUGAUGGAUCCGAGAUGGCGGGGGGCAGAAAGCCACCGGGCUCGCCGGCAGUGGGGGGAACGGAUGCCGAGGAGGACGCCGGGGCGGCGGCGUUCGUUUUGAGGCGGCCGAGAAUAUUGCUGCCGUGGGCGGCGAGGAAGGAGGGCCUCCCCCCCCCGCUGUUGCUCACAAACAAGGGGUGGACGGAGUGGGAGUGGCAGCCGGUGACGAUGAACAUUCCGGCCUAA